UUCGACACACACGCCAAAAACUUCAUUUAUGUUGUUGCCAUUUAACCAACAAGAACGUGUAUUUUUAUUUAUCAUUUUAAUAAUCAAGUAAUUUUCUUUCAUAGUUUUUAAAUAUUGCUUAGAAUAUUUCUUUUAAGUUCAACAACGACAAAAAGGAAACAAACAAUUAUUUGCCAUGUGACGAAAGAAAAAUAUCAAAUUCACAUUCAUUCAUUGCGGCGGCAGUUUUUUUUCAACAAUAAACAGAAAGUUCGAGAUUAGCCGGCAAGUCAUUGGAAUUAACGGGCAUAAUGGCGCCGCCCGAGCCAGUGACCCAAAUGAACACUUACAGGUCCUUUGUGACCACAUUAGCCGAUCCAAAUUCAAAGGACGAGGUAAAAUUAAAAGCCGCACAAGAGCUAUCGGAGAAUUUUGAAGUAAUAAUGUGCUCCUCACAAUAUCCAGCAUUUCUCGAUCAUAUGAUGAAAAUAUUUCUUAAAAUCCUCCAAGAAGGUGAACCACAUUUUAUCUCUGAAUAUAAUAUUCAACAGGUUCGUAAAUUAAUUCUCGAAAUGAUUCAUCGACUGCCAACCAAUGAGUGCCUUCGACCAUAUGUAAAACAAAUUCUCAGUUUAGUAUUAAAACUCCUUGAAACUGAGAAUGAGGAAAAUAUACUUGUUUGUUUGAGAAUUAUUAUUGAACUUCAUAAACAGUAUAGGCCAACAUUUAAUCCUGAUAUUCAACAUUUUCUUCAAUUUGUCAAAUCAAUUUACAGUGAAUUACCGAAGAAUUUACCGAAAAUUUUCGAACCACGACCAACGCUUGUUGUUAAUGAUUUGUCGGAAAUAAAUAUUGAUGCAUUACUUAAGGAGACAUUUACGAUAACUGUGAUACAGAGUGAGAAGAAAUUACCGGAUGGUACGGCAAUAACUUAUAAUUUAAUUCCAAAAGCUGUACUGUCGUUAAAAGUUCUGCAGGAAUUGCCAAUUAUUGUUGUAUUGAUGUAUCAGAUUUAUAAACUUAAUGUACAUCAGGAUGUGUCGGAUUUUAUUCCAUUGAUUAUGACAACAAUUACGCUGCAACCGAGCCCACAGCAUAGAGCGUCACCGGGUUUUAAUAAGGAGGUGUUUGUCGAUUUUAUGGGAGCACAAAUAAAGACAUUGUCGUUUCUUGCCUACAUUAUAAGAAUAUAUCAGGACGUUGUUUCGCAGCAUAGUACAAUGAUGGUGCAAGGAAUGCUGGGACUCUUGACACUCUGUCCAAUGGAAGUUGCGCAUCUACGAAAGGAACUUCUAAUCGCUACGAGACAUAUUUUAGCCACCGAUUUGAAGACAAAGUUCAUACCCCACAUGGAACAUUUAUUUAAUGAGGAAAUUCUCUUGGGCUUCGGUUGGACAACGCACGAAUCUCUGAGACCUUUAGCUUACUCAACACUUGCCGAUUUGGUCCAUCAUGUUCGAAAACAACUCCCACUUUCCGAUCUGGCUAGAGCCGUUCAUCUCUUCAGCAAAAACGUUCACGAUCAAAGUCUCCCAACGACAAUUCAAACCAUGUCCUGUAAAUUACUGUUGAACCUCGUCGAAUGCAUUACUCAACGUUCCGAUUUCGAGAACAGUAUCCAAGGACGAGAACUUCUAAUGCGAAUGCUAGAGGUAUUCGUCCUUAAAUUCAAGAUCAUCACCAAAUUACAAAUGCCCGUUUUGUUGAACAAAGCAAAAAGUGCGAACGCAGGACCGGAGAUAAAAAUCGAAGACGUAAAACCCGAUUUCCAGGAUGAUCGCGAUUGCGGAAAGUCGAAAUUCGGUUUCCCCGCGUCACUAGUAGCGAACUAUAAUGUCGCGGACUAUAGGAGUCUCGUGAAAACUUUGGUGUGCGGCGUAAAGACGAUAACAUGGGGUUGCGCUAAUUGUAAAUCAAUAGAAGCCGUUCAACCCAAACAAUUUCAACCCAAGGAAACUUUGGUCUUCAUUCGUCUUGUUAAGUGGGCCCUACAGGCUCUUGAUAUCUACAUGAUUGGUCCACCAGGUGUGGGAGCGAUCGCCCAACCGGCCAGAGUCGCUCAAACCCAAACCGUCCGCUCCAAGGAGGAGAAGGAGGUCCUCGAACACUUUAGCGGCGUAUUUUCCAUGAUGAAUCCACAAACAUUUCAAGAAAUCUUCUCCACAACUAUCGAUUACAUGGUGGAGAGAAUAUUCAAAAACAGUGCCCUACAAGUGGUGGGGAAUUCAUUUCUAGCUAAUCCGACGACAUCACCUAUUUUUGCCACCGUACUUGUUGAGUACCUGCUGGAAAGAAUGAACGACAUGGGAUCUAAUGUGGAGAGGAGUAAUUUGUACUUGAGAUUAUUUAAACUUGUAUUUGGUAGUGUUUCGCUAUUUCCAGCGGAAAAUGAACAUAUGCUACGACCGCAUCUUCAUCAAAUAGUGAAUCGAUCGAUGGAACUUGCUAUGUCUGCAAAGGAGCCGUACAACUACUUUUUGCUACUUCGAGCACUGUUUAGAUCUAUUGGUGGUGGAUCGCACGAUCUUUUGUAUCAGGAGUUUUUACCACUGCUUCCUAAUUUACUGGAGAGUCUCAAUAGACUCCAGUCUGGACUUCAUAAACAACAUAUGAAGGAUCUAUUCGUCGAAUUGUGUCUCACGGUUCCGGUGAGAUUGAGUUCGUUGUUACCGUACUUACCAAUGUUGAUGGAUCCCUUAGUUUCGGCACUUAACGGAAGUCACACUCUAGUCAGCCAAGGUUUAAGAACACUGGAAUUGUGUGUCGAUAAUCUCCAACCGGAUUUUCUGUACGAACACAUUCAACCGGUUCGUGCCGAUCUGAUGCAGGCCUUGUGGCGAACUUUGCGUAAUCCCACCGAUCAAGUGGCUCAUGUCGCUUUUCGAGUACUCGGCAAAUUCGGCGGUGGUAACCGUAAAAUGAUGAUAGAACCACAAAAAUUGGAGUACAACGAUCGUGAUACGAAUUCACCGACAAUUGUCGCGUAUUUCCAGGAGCCGUCGAAACCUAUUGAUUUUCCAGUUGAGCGGGUGAUUGAAACGGCUUUCACGGCAUUGAAGUCGAACACAACGGAUUCGUUCUACAGAAAACAGUGUUGGGAGGUGAUUAAUUGUUAUCUUGCAGCGUCACUAAGAUUGGAUGAUGACAAAGCUACGCUGUAUAAAUUGUUCAUGCAUCCGCAUUUCAAGGAGGGGAAAAUACCGCAUCAGCAGGGUCCGUUUUACAAAAUAGGAGACGCGGUCGCUAGGAAUGUACAACAAACGGCAUUGACGGGACUAUUCGUCGCCGCGGCUAUCAAGGAACUUAGACCAUCGGUUCUUGGGACAAUGGUGUCUUACGUUAGGCAUUACACGAUGAUCGCGAUUGCACAGCAGGCUGGACCGUUCGCUGUCACCGGAAGACAGGCGCGAUUGCACGGUCAGGACCCUCUGGUUCUGAUCGACGCCCUUGCGGUCAUCAUGGGCCACGAGGAGAAGGAACUCUGCAAACCCGGACACCUAGCUCUUAUUCUAAUUCUAGAAACCGCGACCAACAUUCUCGGCUCGAAGGAAAGAGCCUGCCAAUUACCAUUCAUGGAAUACCUCGCCGAGAGAAUGUGCUCCCUCUGCUAUGAAAGAGCUUGGUACGCGAAACUCGGCGGAUGCAUCGCCAUCAAAUUCCUCUUCGAACGAAUGGCGACAAAAUGGGUCCUCAACCAUCUAUUCAUCUUCCUCAAAGCCCUCAUGUUCGUCAUGAUGGAUCUCACCGGCGAAGUCUCCAAUGGCGCAAUCGACAUGGCUAAAGCCAACCUCGAAAAAAUGCUCCGCGUUUGCGUCAAUCCAGGAAUUCAGGAGCUGAACCAAGAACUCAAGGAAGCGCAAAACAAGAGCCUCUAUGAAGUAACCCACGAACUGGUUCGUCAGGUCACGUCCCCCCACACUCUGGUGAGGGAACAAGCCAUGUCCUCCCUAAAACUCCUCGCCGACGUGCAAAACAAAACCGUCACCGAAGUAAUGGAACCGCACAAAGAAGUCCUCGCCGAUAUGAUCCCACCAAAGAAACACCUCCUUAGGCAUCAACCCGCAAACGCCCAGAUCGGACUAAUGGACGGAAAUACCUUCUGUACGACAUUAACACCCCGACUAUUCACCAUAGAUCUCAACGUUAUGGAGCACAAAGUCUUCUUCCAGGAACUCCACAAUCUAAGCGAAGCCGAAGAUACCCUUCUGAGCAAGCUCCCCUGUUACAAAUCCGUCACAAAUUUUAUCCCCCUGAAGAAAUCCGCCCUUCGCGCCCUCGCUGCUUGUCACUACAUCACCGCUUACCGCGAGAAAAUAUUCUCCAUCCUCUACAAAGCUCUAGAAAAACCCAACGCUGAACUCCAAGCCGCCGCUUUCGAAUGCAUGCAGAAAUUCAUCGCCGGUUUUCAAAUCGAUAUGGAAUUGGUUCAUUCAAUAAUGCGACCAAUGCUCCUAACACUCGGCGAUCAUCGCAACUUAAGUUUGAACUGCGCGAAAAGACUCUCGUACCUAACUCAACUAUUCCCGAGUACGUUCAGCAUCACCCUUUGUGAACAAUUGCUUCAGCAUUUAAAAAAGUUACUGGAAAAUCUCAACCAAGCGCACAAGGGUGUAUCCAAAUCGGGCGAAAACGAACAGAAGAUCGCCACAAUUAUAGGGAUCUUCCAUCAGAUUCCGGCCGCGACACCAAAGUUUAUUGACGCACUCUGUAGACUUGUGUUACAAACCGAAAAAUCAUUACUCGUCGAAGCUUCUAGUCCAUUUCGAGUACCACUAAUGAGAUUCCUGCUGCGUUAUCCAUCCGAGACGUUGAACCUCUUCCUACAGGAUAACAACAUCAAAGAUCAACAGUGGAGUCGUUUUCUCGAAUUUUUGCUGAAGCAUAAAGAGGGUAAACCAUUCCGCGACGUUCUACACGGGAGUACGAAUCGACUAAUAACGAUGCUUUUGGCCCAGACGCAGAUAAUAACAACUUUGAGUACCGCCGAAAAGGGUGAACUACAACAUCAAGCUAUAAGAAUUGUUUCAAUACUGAUAAAAUUCGACGAACAGUGGUUACCAACCCAAACGCAAUUGGUAGCAGCAAUGAAGAAAAUUUGGUGCAAUGAUGAUUAUCAAUCGCUUCAUAAGAAGGUGGACAGUGUUGAUUUCUGUCACUGGAAGGAACCGAAAUUAGUCGUGAAAAUUCUACUCCAUUACUUUAAACACGAUCCAAAUAAUGUCGAUCUACUUUUUCAAUUACUACGCGCAUUUUGUGAUCGCUUCAUUCCUGAUUUUCAAUUUCUUCGUGACUUUUUAGAGAAUACGGUAGCGCAAGACUAUACCGUCGAAUGGAAGAGAACUGCCUUCUUCCGCUUUGUGGAUCAUUUCCCAACGAAUAAUAUGUCACAGGAAUUAAAGGCGAAAGUAAUGCAGUUCAUCAUAAUACCAUGUUUCGCGACUAGUUUCGAGAGAGGUGAGGGUUUGAAAUUAGUUGGGAGUGCACCGAUGCCAUAUCAGGAUAAUCCAAAUAAUGUUGUUUCGGCAUUCAUCACAAAAAUUAUUGAUCCGGAAAAUUUAUUUGGUUCGGCAGAUUGUGUGAGAAUUUCUUUAUUACAAUUCUCGUGUUUAUUGGUUGAACAGGCUUCACAACAUAUUCAUGAUGCAACGAACAAACGACAGAAUGAUAAAUUGAGGAAAUUGAUGACAUUCGCUUGGCCUUGUUUAUUGGGGAAGAAUUGUGUUGAUCCAGCGACACGUUAUCAUGGUCAUUUGUUGUUGAGUCAUAUUAUUGCGAAAUUCGCAAUUCACAAGAGAAUUGUACUUCAGGUGUUUCAUAGUCUGUUGAAGGCGCACGCAGUUGAGGCGCGAAGUGUUGUACGGCAGGCUUUGGAAAUUUUAACACCGGCAAUGCCUGUGAGAAUGGAGGAUGGUAAUACGAUGCUCACCCAUUGGACGAAGAAGAUUAUUGUCGAGGAGGGGCACUCCAUGCAGCAGUUGUUCCACAUCCUGCAACUUGUUGUGCGGCACUAUAAGGUUUAUUAUCCAGUUCGUCAUCAUUUGGUCCAACAUAUGGUGAAUUCGAUCCAACGUCUGGGCUUCAGUCCAACCGCGUCUAUCGAACAUAGGCGACUCGCGGUUGAACUCGCGGAAGUGAUAAUCAAAUGGGAAUUGCAUAGAAUUAAGGACGAGGCGGAGAAUCAGGAAACGGGCGGUACGGGAACAAUGAUAGUGCCAAUGAAACGUUUAUCCAUUGACGAAGCUAGUGUAUCGAAACGAUUAGCUCAGGGUGUUAAUUCCCCGGUGCCGACCGUUGCCCCAAAAAUAGAACCCGGAGCAACAAAACCCAUCGAACGUGCCCAUGCGGACGCGAUUCUUAAUUUCCUCCUACGAUUGGCGUGCCAGGUGAAUGACACCACGACAACAACAGCGCAGGGUAAUCCCGGUGAACAAUUAUCGCGACGUUGUGUUAACUUGUUAAAAAUGGCCCUAAAACCGGACGUUUGGCCACAGUCGUGUGAUCUCAAAUUAGCGUGGUUAGACAAAGUGUUCGCGAGUGUCGAUAAUACGCAGCCGAAUUUCGGGAAUAUUUGCACAGCCCUGGAAUUAUUGACCUUCCUCCUGGGUGUCAUGAAACGCGAACAAGUUUUAGCGGGUUUCAAACCAUUGCAACGUGGAUUGGGUGCUUGUAUAGCGAGCACAAAUACCAAAGUGAUACGAUUAGUUCAUGGACUUUUAUCGAGAUUGAUGACAAUUUUCCCCACUGAACCUACUGCUUCGACAGUUGCUAGUAAAUACGAGGAACUCGAUACACUUUACAGUACUGUUGGGAAAUUCGUAGCUGAUGGUUUGAAUACUUAUGACAAAAAUGCAACAGCAACGCCGAGUUCAUUGUUUGGAACUUUGAUGAUGUUAAAGGCGGCUUGCACGAAUAAUCAGAAUUACAUCGAUAGGCUAAUUACUCCAUUUAUGAAAGUUCUGCACCGAAUGGCCAAGGAUCAUUUACAUCCGACUCCGACCGAAACAAAUCAGAUUGGUAGCGAACUUUUGAUUUUGAGUUUAGAUCUUGUGAAGAAUCGUGUAGGAGUAAUGGGUGUAGAAAUGCGGAAAUCGUUUAUCGGAUCAAUACUCGUGGGUCUCAUUGAAAAGACCCAAGAUAUCAAGGUUAUGAAAGCAAUAACAAAAAUGCUUGAAGAAUGGAUGAAGAAUAAGAAUCCGAUAGCUAUGAACCAGACUCCAAGUUUGAGGGAGAAAUCGAUUUUACUUGUGAAGAUGAUGCAGUAUGUGGAGAAACGUUUUCCGGAUGAUUUAGAACUUAAUGGACAGUUCCUCGAAUUGGUGAACUUUGUCUAUAGGGACGAUACUCUUAAGUCUUCGGAACUAACGUCGAAACUAGAACCCGCAUUCCUUUGCGGUUUGAGAUGCAUUCAGCCACAUAUUCGUGCAAAGUUCUUCGAGGUUUUUGAUGGUUCUAUGAAACGACGUCUACAUGAUCGGUUACUUUAUAUUAUCUGUAGUCAAAGUUGGGACGCGAUGGGUCCUCACUAUUGGAUCAAGCAGUGUAUUGAGCUUUUGAUCGUCACCGCGAAUUCGACGACUCAUAUCCAAAUGUCGAAUCAAGAUAUCCUGUUACCAAGUGCAACGGCAUUGAUAAAUAUGUCCGACGGUGAGGAGCAGAAGAAUUUCCUGAUGUACACGAGUGUUAAGGAGGAACCAUUGGACAUUAACGACGAUGUCAAGGACGAUCUUAUGGAUUUAGAUUUGUCUAAUGUGGAAACAGGAACGGAGGAAAUUGAAGCUGGAAGGAAAUCGUCAUUGGCUCAACUAAUUGCAAAGCAGGGAGAUUUUCUCGAAGGGGCGAAAAAGAUUCGGACUGAGGAAUUAUUGAACGCGGCGGCACAACUUUGUCAUAUGGACACAAACCUUGCGGAGCAGGUCUGGUUAGAUACGUUCCCACGUUUGUGGGCCAUACUCGAUGAACAUCAACAAAAUACCCUAAUUGCGGAAAUGGUUCCCUUUAUCUGCAGCGGCACUCAUGUGAUCCAGAAAGACUGUCAUCCGAGCGCGAUCGCAACUUUUGUUGAAGCACUCGCGCACUGUAAUCCCCCGGUACCAAUGAGACCCGCAGUGAUGAAAUAUCUUGGGAAAUCGCACAAUCUCUGGCACAGGAUGACACUCAGCCUGGAGCAAAUGGCCUUUGACAAUGGUAACAAUCAGUUUAAAAUCAAAAGAGAAUCGGACUGUUAUGACUUCGAACCGGAUAACAGUCCCCAUACGGAGAUUCUCGAUUCCCUGUCAGACAUGUAUUCCCUAUUGUGUGAAGAAGAUAUGUGGUCUGGUUUAUGGCAGAAGCACGCCCAUUACAAGGAGACACUACAAGCGACCGCUUUGGAACAACAAGGAUUUUUCGAACAAGCCCAAGGAGCGUACGAUCUAGCAAUGUCGAAAUUUAAACAGGAUUUCGUCACCACUCCAGCGCCUUUCAAAAUCCAAAGAGAGUCGAUACUUUGGGAGCAACGUUGGAUCCGUUGCGCGAAGGAACUAAACCAAUGGGAUUUACUGCUCGAAUAUGGAACCCGAAAGACCGAGAAGAAUCCAUUUUUAAUUCUGGAGAGUUCCUGGCGAAUACCGAAUUGGCCCCUGAUGAAAGAGGCACUAGCCCAGGUGGAGCAAAACUGCCCCAAGGAAAUGGCAUGGAAGGUGAAUCUCUACAGAGGUUUUUUGGUGAUCUGCCAUAAUGAUGAUCAACAUCUAAGUGCUGUCGAAAGAUACGUAGAGUUAGCGUCCGGUCUGUGUAUGCGAGAGUGGCGACGUCUUCCCCACAUUGUCAGUCACAUUCAUCUCCCGCUUUUGCAAGCCGCCCAACAGAUUAUGGAGUUGCAGGAAGCGAUGCAAAUCCACCAAGGCCUAAUUCACGGACGUAGUAAUUCGGUUCACGAUAUGAAGGCAAUAGUGAAGACUUGGCGUAAUCGUCUACCGGUAAUUGCCGACGAUCUAAGUCAUUGGUCCGAUAUAUUCACUUGGCGUCAGCAUCACUAUACGUUCGUGUCGAAUCACUAUGAUUCGCAACCCGAACAAACGACGAAUCAUUCCAUGUUGGGUGUUCAUGCCUCCGCGCAGGCAAUCAUCCACUUUGGUAAAAUCGCCCGUAAACAUAAUCUGUGCGGAGUGUGUUUGGAUUCCCUCUCGCGAAUUUAUACAAUCCCGAGUGUACCGAUCGUCGACUGUUUUCAAAAGAUUCGACAACAGGUGAAGUGUUACCUCCAGAUGGCGUCAAUAACCGGUAAAAACGAACUUCAAGAGGGUUUGGAAGUAAUCGAAUCCACGAAUCUAAAGUACUUCACCAAGGAAAUGACGGCUGAAUUCUAUUCCCUAAAGGGAAUGUUGUUAGCCCAAUUGGGACGAUCCGACGACGCUAAUAAGGCAUUCUCCGCCGCGGUUCAACUAUCAGACACUUCGAUAAAAGCCUGGGCUUUAUGGGGCGAUUAUCUAGAGCAUAUCUUCACCAGGGACGCGAGACAAAUACCAAUAGGAGUAUCCGCGAUAACUUGUUUCCUCCACGCCAGUCGUCAUCAAAACGAAUCCAAGUCCCGCAAGAAUUUAGCAAAAGUCCUAUGGUUACUAACCUAUGACGACGAUAAAUCGUCACUAAUGGAAGCAGUGGACAAAUACGCCGUGGGUGUACCUCCCAUUCAAUGGCUGCCCUGGAUUCCGCAACUGUUGAUGUGUCUUGUACGACACGAGGGCAACGUGAUUCUAAAUCUCUUGAGCCAAGUUGGUCGAAUGUUUCCCCAAGCUGUUUAUUUCUCCAUUCGAACACUCUACCUAACAUUGAAGAUAGAACAACGUGAACGCUAUAAGAGCGCGGAACUUGCCGCAGGUAAGGCGCAAGACGGCGCCGAAGGUAGAGCAAACGUUCAACAGCAAGGAGCACCAGAAACAGGACCAAUUAGAGCAACACUACCAAUGUGGCGUUGUUCGAAAAUUAUGCACAUGCAACGUGAUAUUCAUCCAACAAUUCUGUCGAGUUUAGAGGGUAUUGUCGAUCAAAUGGUAUGGUUCCGUGAAACGUGGUACGAGGAAGUUUUACGACAAUUAAGACAAGGUUUGACAAAAUGUUACGCGAUUGCUUUUGAAAAUCGUGGAGCUGUUAGUGAGGCGACAAUAACGCCUCAUACAUUGAAUUUUGUCAAGAAAUUAGUAUCGACAUUUGGAAUUGGAAUUGAGAAUAUUUCGUCGUCACAGAAUGUGAAUAAUAGCUUUGGCUCAGCGGCAUCAGAGUCGCUUGCUCGACGGGCACAGGCAACUGUUCAGGAUCCAGUGUUUCAACGAAUGAAAGGACAGUUCACGAGUGACUUUGAUUUCACUGUUCCCGGCGCGAGGCUUUUGCAUAAUCUCAUCAAUAAAUUGAAGAAAUGGAUUAAAAUUUUGGAGGCCAAGACGAAAUUGCUGCCAAAAUCGUUCCUAAUUGAGGAAAAGUGCCGUUUUCUCAGUAAUUUUAGUCUGAAGACGGCGGAGGUCGAACUGCCAGGGGAAUUUCUACUUCCAAAGCACUCGCACUAUUACGUAAGAAUAGCGAGAUUCAUGCCAAGAGUGGAGGUAGUUCAGAGGCACAACACGGCCGCUAGACGAUUGAGAAUUCGCGGUCACAAUGGACGUCUCUAUCCCUAUUUGGUGGUGAACGACGCUGGCCUGGGCGAUGCAAGACGCGAGGAACGCGUUCUACAAUUGCUACGAAUGCUGAACCACUAUCUCACAAGGCAAAAGGAAACUUCCCGGAGAUUUUUGCAUUUCACCGUUCCAAGAGUGGUUGCCGUCUCGCCGCAAAUGCGACUAGUCGAAGAUAAUCCCGCGUCAGUUUCCUUGCUCGACAUCUAUAAGCAGGGUUGCACGAAAAUGGGAAUCGAACACGAUGCGCCGAUUGCACGCUAUUAUGAUAGAUUGGCAACGGUGCAAGCGCGUGGUACCCAAGCGAGUCAUCAAGUGCUGCGCGACAUUUUGCGCGAAGUACAAACAACAAUGGUGCCACGAACAUUGCUGAGGGAUUGGGCAUUGAAGACUUUUCCUGCAGCUACGGAUUAUUGGACCUUUAGAAAAAUGUUUACGCUGCAACUUUCGUUGGCGUGUUUCGCGGAGUAUGUUUUACACUUGACGAGACUGAAUCCGGACAUGAUGUACGUCCAUCAGGACUCGGGGCUUAUUAAUGUGGCCUACUUCAAGUUUGACGUGGACGACAAUAAAGGCGAAUUGGACGCUAAUCGUCCGGUUCCAUUCCGAUUGACGCCCAAUAUCUUGGAAUUCUUGACAAAUACAGGUGUUUCGGGUCCAUUGACGGCGUGCGCAAUAGCGACAGCGCGAUGCCUCGUUCAACCUUCAUUCAAGGUUCACGCAAUUUUAAGGGCAAUAUUGCGCGACGAGGUGAUCGCCGAUCACAAUAAGAAGCAGGACGAUCCUGAGAAUGCAGCGCAAACGCCAACCGACAUGGAGGGUGAACUGUUAAUUACAAUGGUGACAAGAGCUGUCACGGCAAUUAUAUCAAGACUGAAUUCGUUGGCUAAUUUUGAUGGCACUGACAGUAAAGUCAGUACAUUGGUUGCCGCUGCCAAUAGUCACGACAAUCUCUGCCGAAUGGAUCCAUCCUGGCAUCCCUGGCUGUAAAUUUAUAUUCCAAAUUAUCAAUUUUAAUCAUUCAUCUGGAGAGAAACGAGAAAAGCAAAAUAUCCGGUAAAUUAACAAAAAAAUAAUUUUUUUUUAAAUUUCUUUUCCUUUGAUUCUGUUUUUUUCAUUGAAAAUAAUUUUUCUAAAGGGAGGAGAGGAUUUUUUUCUCGAACAAAAACUAAAAACAAUAUUUUAUUCCUUGAAGUUGAAAGUUUGUCUAGAAAAUGUGAAUCGAUUUUUUUGGAUUGAUUUUGUAAAGAAAAUAUUAAAAAAGAAAACCGUUUUCUCCUCCCAUUUGAAAAUUAUCAUUUUUCUUCUUUUUAUUUAAGAAGAAAAAUUUAAUUUUCAUUUUCAAAUUAAAG